AUGAGCGGGAGGCUCCUCUCCGCGCGUCUGGCUCCCGUCGCCCGCCGCGCCGCCUCGGCUUCCGCCUACGCGGCCCCGCGGAGGUUUACCCAUUACCUGAGCUCCAACGCCGGCGGUCUCCUCCGCUCGCAGUCCGGUCUACGCUCGACGCGACUUCGAACAUGGCCCCCCGGUGCCUACGCUCUCCAUAAUGUCCCCGCCGUCCGCUCCAUCUCCUUUAUCCGCAUCCUGCCCCGCCUGUUCCAGAAAUUCGCUACUCUGGGCGCUGUGGGAGGAGCUACCAUUGUUGGAGGACUGGUAUACUUGCAGAAUCAAGCUCAGAAGGGUGCCGACUACGCCAUUGACCUGCUCUCACGCGGCCGGGACUUUGCAAAUAAUACCGCCGGUGGAAUUUUCAACAGCGCCUCGGAUGUAAUCGACCAAACUCGGCGAGGUUGGGAGAAGACCAAGCAGGAAAUCGAAGUUCCAGAAUGGUUGCGGAGCAUACUAGCAGGCGAGGGCGAGGAGGGUCAACAAAACUCAUCGGGCCCCGGAGGUGACCCCCAAAAGAGCGGCGCUGGUGCUGCGGCUGCUGGAGCAGCGACUGGGGCUGCCUUUGGCUAUGGCCAAGACAGCAGUGAUGAUGACCGCUCGGAUGAGAGGAUUGCUCGAGAUGAGCAGAUGAUGAUGCUUACGAAGAAGAUGAUUGAGAUUAGAGGGCUUCUGCAGACUGUCGGGCAGUCGGAUUCUUUGACUCUGCCCUCGAUCGUGGUUAUUGGGUCACAGUCUUCCGGAAAGAGCUCGGUGUUGGAGGCCAUCGUCGGCCACGAAUUCCUGCCUAAGGGCUCGAAUAUGGUCACCAGAAGACCUAUCGAGUUGACGCUUGUCAACACCCCUGAGGCGCAUGCAGAGUACGGUGAAUUUCCCGCACUUGGCCUUGGAAAGGUCACGGAUUUCUCGCAGAUCCAGAAGACUUUAACCGACUUGAACCUGGCGGUUCCGUCCGAGCAGUGUGUCAGCGAUGACCCCAUUCAGCUUCGCAUCUACUCUCCGAAUGUUCCGGACUUGUCACUCAUUGACCUUCCUGGAUACAUCCAGGUCACUGGACGCGAUCAGCCCCCGGAGCUGAAGGAGAAGAUUGCUGAGCUGUGCGAGAAAUACAUUGCGCCGCCCAACAUCAUCCUGGCUAUCUCUGCCGCUGAUGUCGACCUGGCCAAUUCAACCGCUCUGCGCGCUUCUCGUAAAGUCGAUCCGAGAGGCGAGCGGACCAUUGGUGUCAUUACCAAGAUGGAUUUGGUUGAGCCUGGACGUGGGCUAGACCUGCUCACAGACAGGAAGUACGCGCUGCGUCUCGGGUAUGUGGGCGUCGUCUGCCGCGUGCCCCAAACUACCGGGAGUCUCUUCGCCCGUGGGAGUGGCAACAUCCAGCAGGCCGUUGCCCGCAAUGAGAAAGCGUUCUUUGGCUCCCAUCCCGAGGAAUUCGGACCACAGGCGCACGUCGACGUGGGCACCAACAAUCUCCGCAAGAAACUCAUGUACGUUUUGGAGAACACUAUGGCGGCAAGCUUGAAAACCACCAGCGAGGCCAUCCAGCGUGAGCUCGCUGAAGCUACGUACGAGUUCAAGGUUCAAUAUAACGACAGGCCUCUGAGCGCGGAGUCAUACCUCGCGGAGAGCCUGGACACUUUCAAGCAUUCGUUCAAGGGCUUCACAGACCAUUUUGGCCGUCCCGAGGUGCGCGAAAUGGUCAAGAACGAGCUUGACCAGCAGGUCCUGACCCUCAUGGCUCACAAAUACUGGAAUAAGCCAUUCGAUGACCUGAACCCUCCUCUCCCUGAGGCAGACUCUCUGCAUGAUCUUCCUAAGGCCGACCCUGAGAACCCUCUUUGGCAUCUCAAGCUCGACACUGCCAGUUCGUCCUUGACUAAGCUCGGAAUUGGUCGUCUGGCAACCACGGUUGUUGCUACUGCCCUCCAGGCUCACAUUGAUCGUCUCAUUGCGAACUCCACCUUCGCAGCACAUCCCUUUGCUCGCCGGGCUAUCACCGAAGCUUCGACGUCAAUCUUGAGGGAGCUUUCCUACGACAUCAGUGACGAGCUUGAGAUUUGCAUCAAGCCUUACAAGUACCGCAUUGAGCUCGAGGAUCAUGAAUGGGCAAAGGGCAGAGAGAACAUUGGGAACGUGUUGAAGGAGGAGCUCAGGAUGUGUGAGAAUGCUGUGAAGCAUGUUGAGAACGAAGUCGGUGGUAGGAAGAAGCUCAGAGACGUUAUGGGUUUUAUCGACCGAGUACGCAGCGGACAGGUCGUCAUCGAGGGUGAUGGCAUCGGUGGCGCUGGGGGGUUCAGCGCGGCCUUGCUUGAGAAAGGCCGGCAAGCAGUGUUUUUGCGCGACCGCGCAGAUAUAAUCAAGAUGCGCAUCAUGGCUGUCAAGUCAAAGCAGUGCGCAAACAAGAAAAACAAGUACUACUGUCCCGAGGUCUUCCUCGACGCAGUAGCGGACAAGCUCACGACAACCGCGGAUCUUUUCCUGGACGCGGAGCUACUGUCGAAAUUCUACUAUCUCUUCCCGCGCGAAUUGGACGCCCGUCUUGGACGCAACCUCACGCAGGCCGAGGUAGAACGGUUCGCACGCGAGGACCCAAAGAUCCGGCGGCACCUGGACGUGGUACGCAGGAAGGAGCUGCUGGAGCACGUUCUCAAGGAGAUGGACUCCCUGCGGCAGCUGGAGGCGCGCGAGAAACGAUUUAGCGGGCGAUCCGGACAGAAGGAAAGCAAGGGCCGCGGGUGGAGCUUGUUCUAG